AUGGAUGCGCGCUCAAAUGAAUCAGCGCAGGCCCGAGCCACAUCUGGGUCUUCCCAUUCGGGCCUUCGCCGCACGAAGAUGUGCAAGUUCUUCCUCGUAAACCGGUGUGCGCGUGGUAGAAGCUGCACUUUUGCGCAUUCUCCGGAAGAGCUUCGAGAUCCGCUGGACUUCCGCGAGGGCAAAGCUAAGGAGCAUCGACGCAGUUCUGCAGAUGCUGAGAAAGCAGAGGAACCUUCGCGCCCAGAGCUGGAGCUUCCCCGGGAUUUCGCUUCAGGUAUUGUCGCGCCUUUCCGACGUGGAAGUAGCCAAAGUGACGCUGCAUCAGCUGGAGCGAGCACGGAGGAGGAGCAGGUGGCCCCAACAACGUCUCUGAUGGGUGCAUCCCGUCAAGAAGAGCGCCGAUUCGAGGAGGUGAGCGAAUUCCAGAAGCAGCUUUUGACAACGCCCGCAAGGGAGGCUGUCUAUGACGAGGCGACCGGCUUUCACAUUCGGCUGCGAAACACCUUCCUGAAUGCGGAAGCGCCGGAAGACGCAGAGAGGCAAGUGCUCCGUCGCCGGAGUCGCAGCCAUUGA